GACAUGGGGAUGAAGGGCGCGCUCUUCCGGAACGCCUCGCUGGACCGCGCCGCAAUCGUCGACGCGCAUGCAGAUGCAGAUGCAGACGCAGAUGAAGACGCAGAUGAAGACGCAGAUGCAGACGCAGAUGCAGACGCAGAUGAAGACGCAGAUGAAGAUGCAGAUGCAGAUGCAGAUGCAGAUGCAGAUGCAGACGCAGAUGCAGAAGUGAACCUGAACGGGCCGUGCGACAUGUCUGGCAUCUUCAUCGCCAACUCGACCUUCCGCGCGGCCUUCUUCCCGGGGGGCGCGGUCUUCCAAGACGCUUACGCCGUCGGGUCUGACUUCUCGAAGGCGCACCUCGUGCUCGCCGAAUUUCAGAACGCGAAUCUAUCCGGCACGUCCUUCCGCGGCGCGGAAAUCACCGAUUCCAUCUUCGACGGCGCGAACAUCGAUCAAGCCGACUUUCGCGGUGUCGUGGGCUUUGAGAAGGCGUCCUUCCACAUGGUGCAAGGCGUCCCCGUCACGGAUUUUCCGAUUGCCGGUUAGACGUCCGGUUUUCCGGUCUCCCCACUGUCUCCCCACUGUCUCCCGCCCCCCGGGUGGACGGGCCAAUAACACACCCAGCAAGACCCAGUGGUGUUUGAGAACUGGAGAACGCUCUACACCGUGCGUUCUAUCUCUA